AAGUGGAAGGGAGUGCGGAGAGCUCUCUCUCCUCUAUGGAAGGGCGGGAAAGCGGUGGGUCCAAGCAGCUGCAGUGGCGGCGGCAGAGCAUAGAGGAUGGAACGGAAUGAGACGGCGAUUCCCACAGGAUUCCCUCAGCUUAAGAAUGAUACGUUCCUUCGAGCAGCUCAAGGAGAAGAGACUGAAUACACCCCAGUUUGGUGCAUGAGACAGGCAGGAAGAUACCUUCCAGAGUUUCGUGAAACCCGAGCAGCUCAAGAUUUCUUUGCCACAUGUCGUUCACCAGAGGCAUGUUGUGAACUUACCUUGCAGCCCCUGAGACGGUUUCCUCUAGAUGCUGCCAUCAUCUUCUCUGACAUUUUGGUGGUCCCCCAGGCUCUGGGCAUGGAGGUGAUGAUGGUACCUAGCAAGGGACCCACUUUUCCUGAGCCGUUGAAGGAAGUGGAGGAUCUUCUGAAACUCCACCAGAAAGUGGAUGUGGCAGCAGAACUGGGCUAUGUCUUCAAGGCCAUCACAUUAACUCGGCAUAAACUGGAGGGGAAGGUGCCCUUGAUUGGGUUUUCUGGUGCACCGUGGACAUUGAUGACCUACAUGAUUGAAGGUGGCAGCUCCAAAACAAUGGCUAAAGCUAAGGCCUGGCUCUAUCGAUAUCCUGAAGCCAGCCGCCGUCUGCUCACACUAUUGACUGAUGUAAUUGUAGAUUACCUGGUAGGCCAGGUGGCUGCAGGAGCUCAGGCUCUCCAGCUUUUCGAGUCACAUGCAGGAUACCUGGGGCCAGAGCAGUUUGCAGAGUUUGCCCUCCCAUUCAUCCAGUCUAUUGUCAAGCGAGUAAAGAACAAACUGAGAGAAAAUGCCGUGCCUGUGGUGCCCAUGAUUGUCUUUGCCAAGGAUGCACAUUAUGCACUGGAGGACUUGGCAGAGUCUGGUUUUGAAGUGGUUGGCUUGGACUGGACCAUAUGUCCCCAGGAUGCUCGUCGGAGGACAGGAAAAGAAAUUACCCUGCAGGGCAACCUGGAUCCGUGUGCCCUCUAUGCACCAAAGAUUACUUCUUUGUCACUUUUGUCAGGAGAAGAUUGGGGAGCUGGUGAAGAAAAUGCUCGAAGGGUUUGGCUCCCAGCGUUAUAUCGCCAACCUAGGCCAUGGCCUUUACCCUGAUAUGAGCCCAGAGAACGUGGGAGCAUUUGUGGAUGCUGUACACAUGCAUUCUCGCCACCUCAACAAACUGCAGAACACCUUGGGACAUCAGUCUUCAUGAUGGAAGGCGGACAAUGCACUGAGCAACUGUGCCAGAAAACAAUAGAUGAAGACGAUCUUAUUUGUGAAAUAAGUCCUCAAGCCCAUAGUCAAAGAUGGGCAUAAGAUUUAGAAUGCAAUGUUUUAAGAGCACGCUAUUAAAAUCGCUUCUGACCCCCUCA